CCAUUCAUAACAUAUUACAUGUUAAUUUCCAAAUGCUUGUCGAAAAAAUACGUGAAAACGGAAAAGGCGAACACUGCUGAUUGCUGUCAGCUAAGUGUAAAAAAGGCAGUAAGUGUAUUUUUUGCGGCGUGGUCACACUCAUUCCGGGUAUUUGAGGGGUUACGGCUUAAAUUCCCGCCCACGAUGACCCCCACGUGACGAGUCGCUGAUAUCACGUGCCAUUAUCUGGCCUCAGAACCAAGCCGAAAGGUUAACCAUUUGAAGGCUCGUUUUUAAGGCAUGGUCGCGCAAAGCUAAAAACGAGAAAUGUAAAGGAAUCAAUGUAAUUGUGUUUUGAAAACGUCGUUUUUUGAGAAAGAAAAUACCAAGUCGGCUACUUUAUUUUAUUAGAGCCGAUUUUCAAAUAUGAAUCCUAACACAUGGAACAUUAAAGAGAUUUUAAGCAUCCCACCCGCAUCUGGGGUGCCCCAGAAGAUUUCUAGUCUAAUCCCUGCUGCCAGCGAUUAUUCCAGCCUGACAGACUCCCAGUUUCUCUUUGGAUCACAGUUCUGGCCCGAUCAGUCGCAGGGCUUGUCUGUAGAGAUGAGUUUCCCAUCCAGAACUUCACAGCAGAACUCAGAGGUUAAUGAAUGUAGAGUUUCUACAAGCUAUCAGAUCAAGCCAUACCUGUUUGGGGGAGAUUCUCAGGACAAAAGCAAAGUGCCAGCUCUCACAGAUAGUACAAACAAAGGGAUACUGGAGAUGUUUGAGGAUGUUGAGAGGAAAGCAAAAGAGAGGGAUGAGAGCAUGUUGACAGACCGUGUACUUCAACUGGGAAACAUUAUGGAAAAUAUAAAGCUUACUCUUAAUAGCAUUGAUGGAAGCAUAGAAUCUGCCAAGAGAGUUAUUCUGGAGCAUUUAGAUGGUCUGACAACAACAAUUCAAGACCAUGCAGCAAUGGUGAAAAAGAGUGUGGUGUCACCUCUGGAAUCAUUUCUUAAUGAACUGGCCUCCCUGGCACAAAAGCUCAGAGACGUGGAGGACAGAGAGACAAAGAUCAGUGUGGAGGUGAGUGCCCUGCAUUCCUCUGUGGAGAGCCUCCAUCGUGACCUAGUGAGCCUGAGAGCAGAGCAUGGCAAAGAACAGUGUAUGAUGGGGGACAUCCUGUCGCAACUCUGCACCCUGGUCUCCUCUCACAGUCUGGCAAAGCAGGUGACAGGCAGAGCAGUGCAGACCUCACCCUGCCUGUUUGAAAACUUAGUAAAGAAGAAGACCAAGUACCUUGAGGGUACGCAUUUCUGUGGUCCUGAACCAUUUGCUCUGGGAAAGAUGGAAGACCUAGAGAAGGCGCCACAAGCUGGUGAGGCAGAGAUACCCACAGAGCGUUUGGCCGACACGUUGACAGUUGGGUCAAGCAAGGAGCCCUUGCAGAAAUUCUACUGCACCCGUUCUGCCAGCACACAAAGGAAGAACCAGCACAGGUCAGGCAGUAUCCCAAAAUGUUGUAAGGAGAAUGCCCCCCCACAUGAUAAGAAGAGUCCACAGGUCCUUAGCUGCAAAGAUAAACAAGCAGGUGUCCACAAUGGGCGUAUAAAGGCAAACAGACCUAAGCGAGCCCUGAGGAAAAGGCCCAGAGCCACCCCUUCUGAGACAGGAAUGGCAUGGACUCUGCCUACCACACAGUCUGUGGGCCUGUGCCAAGGUGCUGGCAUGGGGGGGGUUCAGCCGAAAAAAGGGAAUGCAGUACAAGGCCAUGCUGGGUACUCAAUGGCCACAGCAACUUGGGUCACAGGAAAACCACACACACUACAGACAUCACCGCAAAAUAAAGGCCUCUGGCAGCUGUUUAGCAUCAGCGAUGAUUCUGAUUGAUUUGGGUGGGGAUCUGAUAUUCAAUCUCAAUAUGAGUCACCAGUUAGACAGUGAUUGUUACUCAGUACUUAAUACUUAUUGACGCCACUAUGUGUUGUUUCUGUAUACACACAGAAAUGUGCUGGUAAGCUGAAGGUUAUUAUCUCUGCUGGUAAAAGUUGCAGAAUUAAGUGUGUUAAGUAUAAAGUGUGCAAACAAUACAAAAUGUGGCCACAGUUAUUACAAAUCUAAUGGAAAAUGUCAUUUAUUUGCAUUAAAGAUGAAUGCUUUAAAAGACA